ACAGAGAAAAACUCGUGUCAGCCCAGUAAGGUAAACUGACUUUGACUGUGGUAUUUUCAGCUUGUUCUUGGUCUAUGGAUAUUGCGAGUUUGAAUUUGCACUAAAUGUAUCUACCACCCACUCCACUCAACCAUCCAACCACCAUGUGAAUCACAGAUCAUUAUGCUUUAGUCGCAGUUUUCUCUCUUUGCGUGGACAACACGCACAUACACAUAGAACACAAAGGCAGAGAAGGCAUAGCAGAAUUACAUCACAAAGUGUAUACGUGUACUGAAAAGGUCACUGGUUAUACUGUCCAUUGAUAUGAUAGCAGUGUAUUUGUGCAAGUUUUCUUCCUCUACUUUUCCCUGUCCUCGUUCUCCGUUUCUCUCCAUCGCUGUUUUCACCAUAAUCAAAUAGCCACAGAAACCGUUACUAUUUGCAUCCAACAGAAGCAUCUUAGACAUAUCCUAGAUGCACUCGACACCAGUACAUUGCUUUUAAAAUGCCUCGUUCGAUUAAUGGUAAUGUCCCCCUCUUCCACCAUCUUCACUCUCUUAAAACUCCUCAGGUUUUUCCAGCUGAGCGAUUCACGCUGAGGCGGGCGCAACCGCACUAGGGUGGAAGUCAAGUCGUGCUGGACUGGCGCGACAUCCUCGCACGGUUUGCAACUAAAAGAAGACCUGACCCGCGUUUAAGCAUGCUGUUAAAGGAGGAAAUAUGCUGAUUUUAAAAGUUGAGCAGGGAGUUCUAGUUGUGCGGUGUUUGCGAGGCAUGGCUUUCGUUUUAACUUGUUUAUUUCUCUCUUGUUACAGUGCAAGCGGUGUUUUGGGAAAUCAGCACAGUGAGAGUUAUUUGGAUAACAUCACGCGUAUAUUGGAUAGAUUACUGGAUGGCUAUGACAACAGGCUGCGACCUGGAUUUGGAGGUCCUGUUACAGAGGUCAAGACUGACAUCUUUGUCACCAGCUUUGGACCCGUUUCAGAUGUUGAGAUGGAAUACACCAUGGACGUGUUCUUUCGUCAGACAUGGAUUGACAAACGACUGAAAUUUGAGGGACCCAUUGAGAUACUGCGGCUCAACAACCUGAUGGUCAGCAAGAUCUGGACACCGGACACAUUUUUCCGUAAUGGCAAGAGGUCGAUCUCUCACAACAUGACCACCCCCAACAAGCUGUUUCGCAUCAUGCAGAACGGAACUAUCCUCUACACCAUGAGAUUAACUAUAAAUGCAGAGUGCCCCAUGCGUCUGAUGAACUUCCCAAUGGAUGGCCACGCCUGCCCGCUCAAGUUUGGGAGUUAUGCUUACCCCAUGAGUGAGAUUGUGUACACAUGGAAGAAAGGUCCUCUUUCUUCUGUCGAGGUGCCACAGGAAUCAUCCAGUUUGCUUCAGUACGACCUCAUCGGUCAGACUGUGUCAAGCGAGAGGCUACAAUCCAAUACAGGUGAAUAUGUAAUCAUGACUGUCCACUUCCACCUCCAAAGGAAAAUGGGCUUCUUCCUGAUUCAGACUUACAUUCCCUGUAUUAUGACUGUCAUCCUGGCUCAAGUCUCUUUCUGGAUUAAUAAGGAAUCAGUUCCAGCUCGGACCGUGUUUGGUAUCACCACAGUCUUGACAAUGACAACGCUCAGUAUCAGUGCCCGCCACUCCCUCCCCAAAGUUUCUUAUGCCACAGCCAUGGACUGGUUCAUUGCUGUUUGCUUUGCCUUCGUCUUUUCUGCCCUGAUUGAAUUUGCGGCCGUCAACUACUUCUCCACCCUGCAGGCCAACCGGGAGCAGCGGAAGACAGCUGCCAUGAAGGCAGCAGCUCAGGAGGCGGCGGCAGCUGCUGCUGCUGCAGCUCCAGCUGCUACCACAGGGAAUGAUGGAGAGGUUUCUGCAGUGGAUGCCAGUAGCGUGCUGAAGAAGAGGAUGAAUUCUGCUCCGCUGUUUGACCGCCCUGCCAAAACAUUUCCCAACUCUGCUGUCAAUGCACAUACCUUCCUACAACAAGGUUCAGCUGUACCAGCCAACAAUGUCCUGACUGGCACUAGCAUCAUUGACAAAUACUCCCGCAUCCUCUUUCCCCUUUCGUUUGGCGCCUUCAACCUGGUCUACUGGAUCGUCUAUCUCACCAAGGACACCAUGGAGAUGUCCAGGGAUCCAGUCUAAACCCAGAUGUUGCUGACCUGGAAAUUACACACAUAAUUUCAUACACCUGCAAGGAUGCACACACAAAAUAGACAUUCACACACAGAUGACAGACGCUUGCCAAGCACUCUUUUAUGCCGCCUCAAUGCAUUGUAUUUCUUUUAAGUUUUCCCUUGGAAAGGUUUUUGAGAGCAGAUCUACCAGCUCCUGUUGCCAACUUGACCAGCUUAUAGCCUGUGGGCCCCAGACUCUGGAACCAUUUCACACAGGUCUCUCUCAUUUCUUUAUUUCUCUUCCCCAGUAUUUAAAAAAGAUAGAACACUUUUUCAGUGUCCGUCUUAUGUUUCCGUCCUGAGUGGAUGGUUUUAGCCAAGUUAGUUAGGCUG